AUGUCUCUCGCGCAUAAGGUUGUGAAACAACAAUUGAAUGAAGCAAAGACGACCAUUGUAGCUGGUGUAGAUACUGCAGGCUACGAAUCUCAUCAACUGAAUAGUCCAACGGGAAUCUUUGUCGAUACAAAUCUCGAUUUAUAUGUAGCAGACCGCAUGAAUAGUAGAAUUCAAGUAUUUCAUUUGGGAGAAACCGAUGGAAAAACAAUAGUAGGAACCAGGUCAUCAGAUAUUACAAUUUCACUCCGGGGACCUUAUUCCAUUGUACUUGAUUCGGAUAAAUAUUUCUACAUUGCGGACUACACGAAUGACCGAAUAAUUGCAUCAGGACCAAAUGGCUUUCGACGUUUGCUUGGAUUUAAUAAGAUUGCAAGUAAUAUGUAUCAAUCGAUCCGACCAACAAAAGUGAAUUUUGAUGUUCAUGGAAACUUAUUUGUUUCUGAACUGUACAAUCGUCGCAUUCAAAUAUUUGAUUUACAAAACGAUUCUUGCGUAAGUGUUCCAUACACCAUCCAAACAACGUAUUCUUCGGUUUUAACAAACGGCCAUCCCCGAUUUUCCCGCACCUUAUUCAAUCCCCGAAACUAUCACUACGAAGCCGUAGAAGUAACUGUCCAUGAGACCGACUUCUACAUUCUCACUGCUAACAGUAGUGUUGACCUUUAUGGUCAUGUAUACAAAGAUGAUUUUCAUCGAUUUAACCCAUCGAAAAAUCUAAUUGCAUGGUUUGGUAAAUGUUGUCGUAAAGAUCAGUUUAAAUUCACACUUGAACUUCAAGCCAACAUGAAAUAUAUUCUAGUUGUAACAACAUACGAUCCGAAUGUAACAGGUCCAUUCUCAAUCAUCACUUAUGGUUCACAUAGACUUAACCUUCGACUCAUGGGUGAUUCGCCCGUUGGAAACUUACUCAUGGGCAUGGAUUCUGUUUGCAAUCGUCACAUCUAUCCGGUUACUGUUAGACUGAUGAACGACACUCGAUAUAUAUAUGUUGUGACAACGUGUGAGCAGUAUCAAACAACAGGUUUCUUGAUCAACAUCUUUGGCAGAAGCCAUGUUCAUUUUCAACCUUUCAAUAUUUCACCGAUUAUUCAUUCAAAAUAUUCUUCAAACUUAACAGUAGUUAAUCCCACAUAUCGUAAGGAUUGCCUCAGUGAAUCUUACUACUAUGAAACUGUAAGACUAACUAUAUUCACAACUGCAUACUAUACUUUUAUGGGAGACUUCAAUCAAGGCAUGGACAUGUACAUUUACAAAAAUCAAUUUGAUCCGUGGAAUCCAUUCGAAAAUCGUGUAAAAAACAAGACUUUUUCCUGUGCAACUCUUUCUCGGAUAACUCUUUCAGCUGAGCUUCAAGCUAACACUACAUACAUAUUACUUGUGACAACUAUGGAACCAUUGCAGACAUCAUCGAUAUCGAUUACGGUAUCUGGACCAGCAGAUGUCACGUUUGAACGCUUUAUUGAUAAUUCAGCUUAUUGUCAUGUUGGUGUUCCAUGUGACCACCAAGCUAAAGGCAUUGGUUUAACUCUCGAUGAUAUUCUGCGUCUUGAACUGAAACGAAAUGCGACAAUAAAUGAUCAACCAUUCGUUAUCAAAAUCAGUGCUGUUUUAACAACGAUUAUGCUUUUUGUUGGUGUCAUUAGUAGUGCUUUCUCACUUUUAACAUUUCAAAAUGGAAAUUUACGAACAGUCGGAUGUGGACUGUAUCUUCUAGCAUCAUCAAUUACUUCUCUUUUAACAAUUACAAUGUUCGCCAUCAAGUUUUGGUUUGUUGUUAUCACACAAACAAACAUCUCCAUUGAUCUAUCGGUUCUUCAAGGUGGUUGCAAAUCGAUUGAAACUCUUCUCAAACUUUUCUUCUAUUGGGAUGCAUGGUUGAAUACAUGUAUUGCCGUUGAACGUGCUGUGAAUGUUUACAAAGGAGUGAGUUUUGAUAAAGAAAAAAGUAAACGUUUCGCGCGAUGGAUCAUAUUCAUUUUACCAAUUUGUAACAGUGCCACAGCCAUCCAUCAACCUUUAUAUCGUCACAUGUUUUCUUAUAAAAAUAAGGGAGAAAUAUCCAUCGACCCAUUGUUUGAAAUCCCACAAGGGGUUGUAAUAGGUACGGAUACUUGGUGUACAACUUCUUAUUCACAAUCAAUUGAAAAUUAUAACACAGUCAUUCUAUUUAUUCAUCUUCUCGGUCCAUUCAUUGCCAAUUUUUGUUCUGCCUUAUUCAUCAUUAUCCGAAGUGCACGACGACGAGCAGAAGUUCAAAAACAACAGUCGUAUAGAAAACAUGUUCGCGAACAAUGGAAAGAACACAAACACCUUGUCAUUAGUCCUACGAUUCUCCUUCUUCUCUCAACACCACGUCUGGUCAUUUCAUUAUUAUCUGGAUGUGUGAAUGUCACUAAUCAUUUAUGGUUAUAUCUUUGCGCUUAUUUUAUCUCAUUUCUACCAUCGGUACUCAUUUUUAUUUUAUUCGUUAUUCCAUCGGACUUGUAUCGAAAAACUUUUAAAGAAUCAUUCUUUCGACUUUGUCGAAGAAAACGACGAUCCAAUCAAGUUUAA